AUGGAUUUCCCGAAAGAUCUGCGAUACACCGCCGAGCACGAGUGGAUCCGGCAGGACGGCGAGAUGGUCGUGGUCGGCAUCACCGACCAUGCCCAGCUCGAGCUGGGCGACGUGGUCUACGUGGAGCUUCCCGAGGUGGGCAGCCGGAUCAGCCAGGGCAGCCCGUUCGGGGUGAUCGAGAGCGUCAAGGCGGCCAGCGACCUGUUCGCCCCCGUAUCGGGCGAGGUGGUCGCCGUGAACGGCGACCUGGAAGGUGCGCCGCAGCUCGUCAACGAAUCGCCGUACGGCGACGGCUGGAUCAUCAAGUACGCGCCCCACACCGGCGCCGAGAUCGAUGCGAUGCUCGACGCCAUCGGCGUGUCCUCGAUAGAGGAGUUGUUCGCGGACGUCCCGCGUGCCCAACGGUUCCCGCGGCUGGACCUGCCGGACGGGAUCAGCGAGCCGGAGGUGGCCGCCGUCUUUCGCGACCUGGCCGACCGCAACAGCGCGCUCGACCGGCUAGCUGCUUUCUGGGCGCCGGCGCCUACCACCACUACACGCCGGCGGUGA